AUGGACGCCCCGUGGUCACUGAAGGGCUUUAUUACAAGUUAUUUUGGUCUUACGUGGUUCUUCUUUAUGUUCAUUUUUUGGAAGGUCUUCAAGCGAACCCAGUUUAUGAUUCCUGCUACUGUGGAUAUCUUUGCCGAUGGCAAGAAGCAGGCUGUGGAUGAGGAGUGUUGCUUCUGGGAGGAGGGAUUUGGUGAUGAAGCUGAGAGGGAUGCGCUGGCCAAGGAACAUGUUGUCGUCAGAACUUGGGCUCGGUUCUGGGGCGGCUAA